CCGACCCGGCCCGGCCCUCCCGCGGGCGGCGCGCGCCACUCGGGCACCGGGCUCGCUCGGAGCCAGCAGCCGCGAGCCCGCCGGCCGAGCCAUGGGCUGCGACGGGCGCGUGUCGGGGCUGCUCCGCCGCCACCUGCAGCCCACGCUCACCUACUGGAGCGUCUUCUUCAGCUUCGGCCUGUGCAUCGCCUUCCUGGGGCCCACGCUGCUGGACCUGCGCUGCCAGACGCACAGCUCGCUGCCCCAGAUCUCCUGGGUCUUCUUCUCGCAGCAGCUCUGCCUCCUCCUGGGCAGCGCCCUCGGGGGCAUCUUCAAGAGGACCCUGGCCCAGUCAUUAUGGGCUCUCUUCACCUCCACCCUGGCCAUCUCCCUGGUGUUCGUUGUCAUCCCCUUCUGCCGGGACGUCAAAGUGCUGGCCUCCGUCAUGGCGCUGGCUGGCCUGGCCAUGGGCUGCAUUGACACUGUGGCCAACAUGCAGCUGGUGAGAAUGUACCAGAAGGACUCGGCCUUCUUCCUUCAGGUGCUGCACUUCUUUGUGGGCUUCGGUGCUCUGCUGAGCCCCCUGAUCGCCGACCCCUUCCUGUCAGAGGCCAACUGCUUCCCCGACAAUAACACGGCCAAUGCCACCUCCCGAAGCCACCUGUUCCACACCUCCCGGGUCCUGGGCCAGCACCACGCCGGAGCCCAGCCUUGGUCCAACCAGACCGCCCCGGGGCUGCCCGCAAAGGACGGGGCCGAGACCCGAGUGUCCUACGCCUUCUGGAUCAUGGCCCUCAUCAAUCUGCCGGUGCCCCUGGCGGUGCUGUUCCUGCUGUCCAGGGAGCGGCUGCUGACCUGCCCCCAGAGGAAGCCCCUGCUGCUGCCCGCCGACGAGCUCGCCCUGGAGACCCGGCCCCCCGAGAAGGAAGACGCCUCCUCACUGCCCCCCAAGUUUCUGCCAUUCCCAGGGCACGAGGACCUGUUCAGCUGCUGCCGGAGGAGGAACUGCCAGGGAGCCCCUUGUUCCUUCUUCGCCAUCCACAUCUCCGCCGCACUGGUCCUGUUCAUGACAGACGGGAUGACGGGGGCGUAUUCUGCCUUUGUGUACAGCUAUGCAGUGGAGAAGCCGCUGUCCGUGGGACACAAGACGGCCGGGUACCUCCCUAGUCUCUUCUGGGGCUUCAUUACCCUGGGCCGGCUCGUCUCCAUUCCCAUCUCCUCCAGAAUGAGGCCAGCCACCAUGGUGUUCGUCAAUGUGGUGGGCGUGGUGGUGACAUUCCUGUUGCUGCUUAUUUUCUCCUACAAUGUCAUCUUCCUGUUUGUGGGGACAGCGAGUCUGGGCCUGUUCCUGAGCAGUACCUUCCCCAGCAUGCUGGCCUACACGGAGGACAUUCUCCAGUACAAAGGCUGCGCGACCACAGUGCUGGUGACGGGGGCUGGAGUUGGCGAGAUGGCCCUGCAGAUGCUGGUCGGGUUGAUCUUCCAGGCCCAGGGCAGCUACAGUUUCCUGGUGUGUGGUGUGAUCUUUGGCUGCCUGGCUUUUACCUUUUACGUCUUGCUCCUGUUUUUCCACAGGAUGCACCCUGGGCUCUCCUCGGACAAGCCACUCAGCCUGGAGAAUUCCGAAAGCUACCAGAGGUGAAAUGGGGUGCAGGAGACAGGGGAAGAGCCCCACCUCCCCAGCAUCAAGGUGACCGCCCUGUCCUGGGAAGCCAGAGGUCUCCAGGGGGGAGGGACGCCUCCCUCCCCGCCUUGCUCGAAUCCACUUAUACUUGGUUGGACAGAAGAAACGAAGUCGGCUUCCGGCUUCCGGUACCUGGGUCCUUCCCCAGGAAGUCACUAGAUGUGUGCCAGCUGCUCUCCUCUUCCCUGGUUCGGACCCGCUGUCCGCCACACCGGGAGGGGAGGGCGGGACGAGGCUGCAUGUCACUUCCUUGUCGCUUCAUGCAUGGACCCGGACCCUGGGUUUGCCAGCACUUUUAGUUUCCGUUUGGGGGAAAAUAGGUUGACAUUGUUAAAGCUUGAUGAUUAGCGCCACAUGUAGAUACACUU